UGACAUUUAACAAUAGUUAUCUUAGCUAGUACCUUAGUGUGUCUUGCUAGGCACACCAGAGUCUGUUGCUACUGAGUCAGGUGCACCAAAACUGGGGGCCAGAGUGGGAACAGCAGCAGUUGACUGCACUGUCUUGACUUGUUAGCAUUUCUCAGUGAAAUAUGAUAAUACUCUUAGUGAAAUAAAUACUGCUCUUCUAAGACUUGUUCAACCUUUCAGUUUAAUCAUAGAAAUGUUAAGUAGUAUCCAGCAAAUAUAUCACUCAGCCUUUCCUGGUGCAUGAGCAUAUUCUGAGGUGUUUCUGUUCUCUGUUGCAUAAACUGAGAGGGAGGAGUAAUGGCAGCAAAUAAAAGCAGCAAAAGACAGAGACCAGUGUAGAUUAACGACAGACUCUCUCAGCUAAAAGGAACAUGGGGUUUGGUAACAUCAGUUCGGCUGCAAAUCCAUCAUCUGGACUGGAAGCAGCUUCCAGACACAUACAAACAGCCUCCAUUGUCAUCUACUGUGUGAUUUUUAUAGUUGGCACUCUGGGCAAUGCUCUGGUUAUUUAUGUGACGGGCUUCAAAAUGAAGAAAACAGUGGAAACAGUUUGGUUUUUCAACCUGGCCAUAGCUGACUUCCUCUUCACGGCCUUCCUGAUUUUGCCAAUCAUUUCUCUCUCUCACAGUCAUCAAUGGCCUUUUGAACAAUUCAAGUGCAAGCUCAACAACUUUGUGAGUUUAGUCAACAUGUUUGUCAGUAUCUUUACUCUGACAGCUAUGAGUUCGGAUCAUUGUUUGUCCAUCUGGGUGGUGGUGUGGGCACACAACAAGCGCACAGUCUGCAAAGCUCGGCUCAUAUGUGUUGGUAUCUGGGUGAUUGCUGCGGUCUUCAGCACUCCUUAUGCCACUUUUCGCACUGUUGUGGAAUACAGGGGGGCACAUUACUGUAGUUAUUCUAUGACACAUGAACAGCAAUGGAGUCUCCACAUUUUUCGCUUUCUCAUGGGCUUUGUGAUCCCAUUCCUGGUCAUAUUUGUGUCUUAUGUGGCCAUAGGCAUACGUGCAAUGCACAUGUCAAGAACAAGGAGACGCAGAUCUCGCCGAAUCAUUUUCUCCAUCAUUUUUGCAUUCUUCAUCUGCUGGUUGCCCUUCCAUGUUUGCAGUUUUAUAGAAUUAAUGCAUAUGACUAACCCUAAAACCUUGGCCAUUGUUAAACUCAUGGGUCCUCUGACUGUGAGUCUGGCUUUUCUGAACAGCUGCCUGAACCCCAUCCUCUAUGUUUUCAUGUGUGAAGAAUUCAUGAAGAAGCUUCGGCAGUCCAUAUGUUUUGUACUCGAGAGUGCUCUGACAGAGGACCAUGUGUCAUUUUUGUCCACUCGCUCCAUGUCAACCUUUUCCAAUACCGCCCAAAAGUCAGCCGCUGCUGCAACUUCAAAGAGGACUGACACGGCCGAUUUGAAAUCCUUCACAGAAAGCAAAGUGAUCGUCUCUGAGGAGACACCGAGCACUGAAUAAUAUUUCAACAUCAGGCAAUGUAAACUGGAAAAAAAUCUUUUUUAAUUGUUUAUGUCAAAUUGACUGAAAC